AUGGAGCAGUGGGCCACCAGAUACGGACUACGGCACGAUCAGCUGGUCCAAACAAUGCCGUUUAUACUGGAGGGAAUCGCCAUAGAUUGGUGGAACACGACACCAACAAAGAUCGACUCCUGGGUUCAAUUGAGAACGGAACUACUGGAGUACUUCUUACCACCGAGGUACGAGGAGCAGUUGCAAACCCAAAUAGCACAGUUGAGACAGAGAGAGAACGAACCAGCAAGGGAGUACGCGAUGAGCCUGAGGAAGCUCAUGAGGUUCGCGAAAUUUUCGGAAGCUGAGAAGCUGGAUUGGGUGUACAAGAACUGCAGGAGCAAGCUAAAACUGUACACAAGGAGGAACGGAUUUACAACGCUAACGGAGUUCCUUAAGCUAGCCGAGGAAGUGGAGGAAAUUGAGCAAACGGAAGCACAAACCGGGCAAGCAGGACCACAGGCACUAAGGCCAGAGAUAUGCAUGAGAUGCGGAGGAACCGGUCAUACGGCCCGCACAUGCGGCAACCCACCAAGGCUGUUCUGCUGGGUGUGCGGAAGGAACGAAGUCAGGACAACGGAGUGUGGCCGAGCUAAGGCGGGAAACGGAGGAGGCCUGGGCCAGUAA